UUUCCCAUAGAGUUUAUGUACUUCAUUCCCACAUGAUGGUGUAUCACUCCCACACAUAUUGAUACACUGCCAUGGUAUCUACGGUCCUUCCUAAAGCUAAAGUAAUAUAGGAGAGUAUUAGUGCCCUCAGUCAUUAAGAACCUCCCAUAUUAUUAUAUAGGAGAGAUUUAGUGCCCUCAAUCAUUACACAUUAUCCAUAUUAUUAUAGGAGAGACUUAUUGCCGAGCAUUAAGCGUAUCCCAUAUCAUUAUUGGAGAGACUUAGUGCCAUCAAUCAUAAAGCAUAUCAUAGGAGAGAUUUAGUGCCGAGCAUUAUAUACCUGGGGAAAUUGUUUAAUGCAUGUGCAUUAUAAAACUGCCUCAUAGUAUAUAGGAGAGAUAUACUGCCGAAGCUCUCCUAUAUACUUGGGGCACUAUUUUCAUUUAGUGACAUAUUAUCCGGACCCGAAUAACCAAUGAAAACAUUACACAAUGACAAUGAAUAGACAAUGAGCAAUGCACUCUAAUUUAUGGCCAAUAUUUGUGAAACGGCCUUAACCAACCUGAGUGCCUCCGCUUGAUAAUGUUAUUGUCGAUUUAGUCUUAUUUUUGUGUCUUUCACUCUGUCUUUCUGUGUAAGUACCGUGUAAUUAGCUCUACACGCGACCUUUAUUCGAGGUAAAGCUACAUAUUUGAAGCUGAGGUGAUCCUUUACCGGUCUCUAGUAAAAGUAGAAUUGUAGUUUGUUGCUUCUUUAUUGUGUGUAACUGAACACUCCUCUACAUGGUUUGUAUACAUCUAUUUAUGUCAUGCAGCCGAGGGUUAGAACUUUAGUGCUCUAUAAACGCCUUGUUAUGUUUCGGGCAUGGGCAGUAUAUGAUCGACUUGUAUACAGUAUUGAUUUUCAUGUGUGGCAGUUGUGCAUGUGUUCUGGCUUUUCUUCCUCUCCUUGUUUUGUUCCGCCAUGCAUGGGGGUAUAUGUACCUCUUUCUUAGGCUAUAGAGAGUUGACAGUUCUUCGGUUAUCUUGUGUGGGUGGGAAAUAUUUUUGUUGGUAACAAAGGCGUUCCUCUUCCAGUAGGAGAUUUUGCCCUCUGAAUUAGAUUAUGAAUUUUUUUUAACAUGUUUUCUGGUUGCAUGUUCGUAUAUUCUCUCAUGUACUAUUGUCUGUCUUGAUCUUCAUUUAAGUUGAGUGUCAAACGUUACAGUGUGAGUGGUGAUAAUUAUUACAUGUACUUCGUAGAUUUUGCUUAAUACAAUAGACUUAGACAGUUACCCCAAAAUGCAGUAAAAAUGUAAACAUAUCCUAAUUUUCAUGACGUUGUUUAUUCCUACAUGUACAAACCAUAUUUAUGUUAUACUAAUUGUCCACUAUAAUUAUACUUUAUGGCAGUAAACCUCUGAGGCCAAAGAUUUACAUUGCCAUAAAUUCGAAUGUAGUGGACUAUAAGUGUUAUAAUUAUACCCACUGAAAUGAAAAACAAUUGCUACCUAAGCUAUACCUCACCUUGGAUAGAACUAGCUAACAGAACGGCAAGCUUGUUUGUAUAGCUUGUAGACAUUACUAAGCUUCUAUCCAAGUAAUAUGAGCCCCACUCAUUUUCCAGCCUUAAUUCCUGGUGUUUAGCGAGCCCCACCCAUCUGUGCCUCGGUGCGCAGCAAGGUAGUUGGUAGUGCGCCUGCGUGUAGACUGCUACAGCUGCUCAUGCAAGUGCAACUGGAGAUUCUCUGUGGGCUCCUAGUCAUGUUUCCAGGAUUUUUGGUUUGUGGCGUGGUGCGUGGUUCUUGAGUUGUGCCUAUAGUUCGCUUACUACAUGUAUGAGGGUGUAGCAAAAUGAUUUUCAUUUGCUUCAUUAUACUUGUGCACCCGCAUAAUGCUCUGCUAUUGCUAUUGCUUAUUCCAUAUGCCCUGCCUGUGUGCCCUGUACGCCAUAAUUAUAUACUGCCCUGCUGAGGCUGCUCUAUAAUGUACUGCUCUAUACAGCGACACAUGCAUCAGUAGCGACUUCCACUCUGACAUGGAGUCACGCGGUGAGCACACAUUUUCCUGUACUCGAUUUGCCCUCACAAUUUCGUAAGGCACUUUCCUGGGGGGCUUACAUUACGCUGGUCAUAGCGCCAGGAUCCGCUCGGUCGAGGACCUUACUAUUGUACAACUCUCUGCUGACACUGAUUUUGCUCCCUAUUGGUAUUACUUUGCCUCAAUCAAUAAUUAUUAUGCAGCAGGCUAAUGCAGGGGGUUGGACAAUUCGUCAAUCCUUCCCAGCAUCUUUACUUCGUUCCAUAGCGCUCACUUGAUCUGUACAUGUGUUCAUGCUUCAAUUCCUUGGGGGUAGGACUUUCGUCCGAUGGGCUAUGACUGGUGGCUAGGCCACGUCUUUACCCCCAAGUAGUUAAUUAGGGGAGCAAUAUAAUUAUUAGAAAUGUCUUAUUAUUAUUUAACCAGCGGGGUUGCAUUCCUCUAAUUAAUUAGAUACGUAACACCGCACAACCCUCACAAACACAAGAGUAUAUAGGCAUUCGCUGUUUCUCACAUGCCAUAUCUCAUUAAACAAGCAAAUUUCAAGGCAAACUGGCCAAUAGUACAUUGCCCAUGGCCACACGGAUCACAUAUUCUGCUCGGCCAACAAACACCAUGGCACACCUAAAAGAACAGCAUAAAAGUCUAGGCCGUUUGACAUAGACUCGCCUUCCUUGGGGUAAGGGACUGGUGGAUUGCCUAUCUAAGAAUUUUGCCGUUACCUGUAUCUAGUAAUGACCAAUCAGAGUGCAGUAUCAAUGUCAUGUGACAUUCUUACGCCCACGGUUAGUUUCUUUGUGGUAGAAUAUAUGACAAUCAAUCAGGAUGAGCAAGACUGUGCUAGUGCAAAAUGAAAUGAGCAAGCAGGGACGGUGAGCUUAGCAAAACUUUUAGUAUGUAGAUGAUUUGCACCACUUGUCUUGAUCCGGCUUACAUUGCUAUUUUUGAAAUCUAGAGUAUAUGGGGAUGGACAGUAGCCUUAUACUACCAGUUCUCAUAAUUUCUAGGUUUCUUUUCCACAAACUAAGCAAGGGGAGCUUAUUUGUAACCAUUUGCAACCCACUCACGUCAGACAUUGGUAAAAUACAAACCAUAGGAUGAUGUCAUACAUGAUGUCCUGCAACUCAUUAAAAUUCCAUCGGCACAACUCUCAGAUACAUGUAGGCAAUCCACCAGUCCCUUAUCCCAAGGAAGGGCUGGCUAGCGAGUCUACGUUCGACAUACACUGUUAGUGGAAACGGGAAACGAGUUUGACCACAGGCUUGGCUGAAAGAUCUUGAUGCAUACAUUUUGUAGGAAGUUCUAUUGAGUUCUUGAAAGAACCAGACGAGCUUAACAGCUUCCUAUGAAUAAAUUUAGAGAGAAAAUCUGCAAUACUGACACACACAAUAUAGUGAGGCCCAUCCCGAAUGUGGACGGCAGUAGUCAUCAACCCUUGAUCUUCUCACUAGCCAUAAUAGCGCUUACUCAGCUGCUGCGAUAACCCUUACUACAGUACUACCUCGUGCAUUUGAGGCAAACCACCGGGACAUUUUUGCCGCAAAAUUGUGCACCUUCGUGGGGUCAGUGUUAUAGUGGUUCCCUGGUGGCUAGAUAAGUCGCGUGGUCAUUAUUCGUGGUUUGAUGUUGCUUGUGGACCAAGAGUGAAAGUUUACUAUCUAAAAGGAAGUUUGAAUUUUAUUUAUAUUACAGCACAGCCUCGACUUUGAGAGUGCUCUAUCCGUUUCUAAUCCCUGAUAAUUAUAACGAUCUCCACACUGGACAUCCAGUGGCGGAUCCAGUGCAGGGCACAAGGGGAAUGUGCUCCCCCCCCCCUUUCUGACCAGCUCGAAUAAAACUAGCUCACGAAGUGGUUGUGGCUUAGAGAAGCAGGACCAGCAAUCAAUUAUAGCAGAAUGCAGAAUAGCAGAAGAUCUCUAGUUGUAGACUUUUGAAGAGCAAUAUGAUAUCAUCUAUUUCUGCUAUCUCCUGCUACUAUGUAUAGCCCCGUUUACAUGAGGCCUUUAAUCCGGGUUGGAAUCCGGAUUAAACCUAACCGCAUUUGUGUAAACGGCCCUUAUCGGGGUUCUAAUCCGGAUUAGCCAACCCACCUUUGGAGGUGGUUCAGAUUGUGUCAGAAGCGGUUUAGCUGUGAGUAAGCACAAAGGGCUAAUUCUGAGGUGUUGUACAUGUUCGUGGGUGUUUCUAGAGUAAGCCUGUAGCUUCCUAUCAGUCCAAUGUUUGCGCAAAUGAAAUUAGUGAUCAUUUUACUAUGCCCACUACUCAGAAAAAUCUGACCCGGAUUCGACCCGGAUUAGGUGUCGUGUAAACGGGGCUUAUGUCAUACUGUCAUCAAUCAAUCCAUGAUCAGAAAAGCUACACUGAUUGGGCUUUAAAAAAUCUGUUGACUUUUUUUUUAAUGAACAUUUUCUUCAAACUGCACCCCCUUUUCAAAAUUCCUGGAUCCGCCCCUGACAUCCCCUGCUUGGACCAAAAAUCUCAAGCCGCCCUGCAACGCGUUUUUUACUAGGAUCCAGUACUACCCAAUCCCACAGCAUACGUUCUCGUAAAAUUAACGCUGUUAACUUGGCUCACAUUAUGCUCUGAGCGGCUACACAGUGAAACAUAUCUGUAGCCAAUCCACUCUGACAAGGAGUCACGCUGCGAGCACACAUUGCCCUGUACUCAAUUUGCCCCGGUUUACCUCCCAAUUUCGUAAUGUGCUUUCCUGAGGGCUGGUCAUAGCACUAGGAUCAGCACGGUCGAGGACCUUACUAUCGUAUUAAAAUCUCUAGGUGCAUGCUGACACUGAUCCUUGCUUCCUAUAUUGGUUAUCACUUGCCUCGAUCAAUAAUUAUUAUGCAACGUGCUAACACAGUCAUCAGUCAUGGUCCGGCUCACCCUCCAAGGAGUGUUGCGGUAAUGGGAUAUAAGUUUGUACGUGUAGUUAGCAAGGUUAGCAUAUGUUUCUCGGAGUACUGAGAUUAACAAUGAAAUAUUCAUACUGUACUAUGUAUUGAAAUGAAAAUACUAAUAAAGAAUUAUCAUAGAGCAAAGUGUAAGCCUCGAUUUGAGGCCGAGGGUGGGCGUAUAUGAAUGAAAACUCGCCGUUCGCGAUUAAACGCCCAGUCCCCUAAUAAGCUUAAACUUCUAAGGGUGGGGAUAUUCUCGCGAUGGUACGGUAGACAUAUGGCUAGAAAGUUUGGGACUGAUAAUUAUGCCUUGUUCGCAUGUGCAAUGGUGCGUUGCAAAACUUGUCUUAGUCUAAUAUUGUUGCAAGUAUAGUUAGCUCUGCACUAGAUUCUACGCUAGCUGCAAGAGUGGGAAAAGAGCUGCAAGGCUGCACUGUUUCAAUGAGAGCAUGCGUAUAUAGCAGUUAAUUAUGGACUUUUUUUUAUUUUGGCAAUCUUUUUAGCAAUAAGUAUAGGAUAUACCACACCUACGAGGAUGCGCAACAGUAAUUCAUUCUGCAAAACUCAACUGUACGACGAAAUGGAAGAAGCAAUUGAAAGAAUGGUUCGUGAAGCUACUGCGUCCGCGAAUGCAGAGAUUGAAGAAGAAGUGAAAGAACUACAAAACUCCCUCUGUCCUAGCCUUUUACAGUGGCUUAAGACUCCUGUAAACACCUCUGCUUCUCCAGUUGCAGCAACAGAACAAGAGAACACUGCUCCCUCCAACUCCAACUCUGCAACAGACGAAGAGAAUACUGCUCCCUCCAACUCAAACUCUACAACUGAGGAAGAGAACACAGCUCCCUCUGCCGUUUUGCAAGAUAUUCAGCCCCACCCGUUGACAGUCUCUCACCAGCCCCACCCUCAUUCCAGCCGCUUUGGAGAGCCCAUUACUGAUGACCAACUACAGUCUGCAAUAAAAACGAGAAUACCAAAGAAGACAAAAAAAACCACCAAUUGGGGAUUCAAGGUAUAUACUGACUGGUGCACAGUGAGGGAUAUAUCUCAGCCAAUCGAACAGAUGGACAUAACCACCAUGAAUACCACACUAGCUAAGUUUGUUCAAGAGACGAGAAGGAGGGACAGCAAAGAGUAUCCUGCUACUUCACUCCACAAUAUUGUUGCUGCAAUUCAGAGACACCUUCGCGAGAAUGGACGACCUGAGAUUUCCUUUUUCGACGAAAAUUGUCCUGACUUCGAUAUGCUUCGAAAGAGCCUUAACGCAAGGAUGAAGCAACUGACGAAGAAAGGUGUCGGGAAUAUAAGGAAGCAUGCUCAGCCGAUCACUCCCGAAAUGGAGGAGAAAUUGUGGCAAAUGGGAAUAUUUUCUCGUUCUACUGGGGAAGGUUUGAUAAACAUUGUUUUCUGGUACGCUUGUAAGAUGUUUGGACUCCGCGGCGCUGAUGAGCACAGGGAUCUUCAGAAAGACCAGUUCAUCAUUGGAAAAGAUGACAAUGGAAAAUUUCUCCGCUUUGUUGGCAAGAGCUGCAAGAACUGGCAAGGAGGUUUGCACCAGCGAAAAAUUCAACCAAAAGACCUCCACAUAUAUGCAAAACCUGACCUUGAAGAGAGAUGUGUGGUCUCUUCAUUCUGCUACUACAUGUCACUUAUCCCAGAGGAUGGUCCCUUCUAUCGACGUCCGAUUGCUGAUAAUCCACCUAGGUUUUCGAAGCAAGUGAUUGGUGUCCACAAGCUCUCAAACAUCGUCAAAACAUUUUGCAGACAGGCAGGCUUUGAUGGGAACUUCACAAAUCAUUCAGGGAAAGUCACCUGUGCAACAGAGCUCUUUAAGAACAAUGUUGACGAACAGCUCAUCAUGCUCCAAACAGGUCAUCGAAGCCAAGAUGCUGUCCGAAUGUACAAAAGACCAACACAAGAGCACCACCAGCUUGUUUCGGACAUUCUCCAAGCACCAGCACCCAAACGCCACCACCAAGCUCCUUCGCACUCCGAUCAACCAACGAUUAAAGAAGCUUUGAAGCCUAUUGCAGCACCAAACUUCAACAUUAACACCUGUGGUGGAGGAACACAGAACAUUGUGAUUCAAUACUACCAGUCGCACUAACACUCCACACUUAACUCUCACCCUAACUUGUUAUUUAUUUAUUUUAUUUAUUUAUGUAAGCUUCAUACUCUUCAAUCUAUGAUUCAAUUACCUUUCCUUCAUUCUCUGUUAUUAGUAGUUGCAAUACAUGGACUGCGCAUGUGCGAUGUUGUAUUGGAAUAAUUACUGUAUGCCCUGGGCUGUAUCCUAAUAUUCUAUAUAUCCUACAGCUGUUGACCAAUGAGAUCAAUUUGUGGUGACGUAAGUGUGGUAUAAUCACAGUUGAUCAAUUCACACCAUUCCUUAUAUAGCUGCAUGUUGUACCCCACCCUUCUGUCAUGCAUGCCCUUGGCAACAAGUAUCUAGCUUCUUUUGGGCUGGUAGUACAGUACGCUCUCAAGGCAAGGGAGUUCAUGAGGAAUGCAGAGUUUAUGGUAGUUAAACCACACCCAAUUUCUAUGAUACAUACCCGGUAUAAAUUAUUUUGAACAUCAUUUUAGCAUAGAUGAUACAUGCAGUACUAAAUACCAUCCCCAGCUUGCUAUGCCCCUACCAUUGCCCUAUCGUACGCCCUGCCUUGCCCUAAUUAUUAUGCCUCGGUGCGCAGCGAGGUAGUUGGUAGUGCACCUGUGUGUAUACUGCUACAGUUGCUCAUGCAAGUGCAACUGGAGAUUCUCUGUGGGCCCCUGGUCAUGUUUCCAGGAUUUUGGUUUGUGGCAUGGUGGGUUCUUGAGUUGUGCCUAUAGUUCGCUUACUAGGAGGGUGUAGCAAAAUGAAUUUUCAUUUGCUUCAUUAUACUUGUGCACCUGCAUAAUGCUUUGCUAUUGCUUAUGCCAUAUGCCCUGCCUGUGUGCCCUGUACGCCAUUAUUAUUUGCUUCUAUUAAUGCAUGGCCUAUGCCAUCUAUUGUUAUGCUCCCUAAUGCCCUGCCCUGCCCGUUGCCUAUACGGCUUAUAAUAUACUGCUCUGCUCUAUAAUAUAGACCGCUCUAUAAUAUUCUGCCCCCUGCCCUGUGCCCACGGCUUGUACUAUAUACUGCUCUGCUCUGCUCUAUAAUAUUCUGUUCUAUAAUAUACUGCGCUCUAUAAUGUACUGCUCUGCUCUGCUCUAUAAUGUACUGCCCUGCUGAGGCUGCUCUAUAAUGUACUGCUCUGUAAUAUACUGCCCUGCUGAGGCUGCUCUAUAAUGUACUGCUCUGUAAUAUACUGCCCUGCUGAGGCUGCUCUAUAAUGUACUGCUCUAUACAGCGACACAUGCAUCAGUAGCGAAUUCCACUCUGACAUGGAAUCACGCGGUAAGCACACAUUGCCCUGUACUCGAUUUGCCCUCACAGUUUCGUAAUGCACUUUCCUGAGGGGCUUACAUUACGCUGGUCAUAGCGCCAGGAUCCGCUCGGUCGAGGACCUUACUAUUGUACAACUCUCUGCUGACACUGAUCUUGCUAUUACUUUGCCUCAAUCAAUAAUUAUUAUGCAGCAGGCUAAUGCAGGGGUUGGACAAUUUGUCAAUCCUCCCCAGCAUCUUUACUUCGUGCCAUAGCGCUCACUUGAUGUGUUCAUGCUUCAAUUCCUUGGGAGUAGGACUUUCGUCGAUGGGCUAUGACUGGUGGCUAGGCCACGUCUUUACCUCCAAUUACUUAAUUAGGGGAGCAAUAAUUAUAAUUAUUAGAAAUGCCUAGUUGUUAUUUAACCAGCGGGGUUGCAUUCCUCUAGUUAAUUAGAGGGGAUGCCUAACCCUAUAAUUAACAGUCAUCAGUCGGUCCGGCUCACACUCCAAGGAGCGUUGUGGUAAUGGGUAUAUAUGUUGUUUGUACGUGUAGCUAGCAAGGGUAUAGCAUCAUUAUGUUUCUCGGAGUACCGAGAUUAAUGAUGUUUUCAGUGCCUAUAAUAUUAUACCAACUAUUUGUCACACGCUGUAGCGAAAAAUAUAAUUGCCAACUAUUACCAAUACACUGCACUG